CCUGCCUGCCUCUUCCCAAGGCUACAUGACGGUAGUGAAAUGCAAAUGCCAGGCCUUGAUUGCCCCCAAUCUUCAAAACGGCCAUGACUGGACCAGUCAGGACCAGCCGCAGUGCUUGGCGAGGUGCGGCAAAUACAGCGGCACUGGCUUGGGUGCUUGGGUGUGGCAGGCUCGGAUAAGUUCGAGAGCGAGGGAGUUGCGGGACGCCCAAGGGCGCGGGUGCCCAGUCCAAAGGCCGCAACAACGGUCGGCAACGGCCGUGCCGACCGUUGUCCGACCUGGUCCGACACACCGGUUGGACGGCGGGCGCGUUGCUUCUCUGGACCCGCACAUUGAGCCAAGGUAGUUGUGCGCUUGUCAUUUCACACCGUGCUUAGGCACAAAGGAGCAGCGACCUGCAAGCAACUCCUGUCAAGUCCACUUUUCGUCAAACCUGGUCGGCAAGCCCCGAGACCAGGUGCAAUCAGUAUGAAUUUGUCCGAUUCUUUCAUCAGAGUCAAUUUUCUCGCGCACCGGAAGCACUACUUCCGCAAGCCCCUUUGCGUCCGAGUCGGCUCGCGGCACUUGCGUCCGCAGAGGCUUAUCAUAAACCAAAUGCUGGCAUAAACUCACAUAGUACACGUUUUAGCCAACUGCAAUUGCCAAGCUCAAAUAGCCUAGUUCGACCAAAUCGACUAGAGACUUGCUUCAAUCGCUGCACCGGUUUACCAGAGUUACUUGGAGCCAGCGGCGUUCCAUAGGCUAGAUUAGAGCUGCUGACUGGCGUGCUGCCAUGGCAUCGUCGCUCACGGUUUGCGUCUCGGCGGCCGGCCUACCCAGCCCUCCGCCAACGCCAUCACAAACGCUGCUGGAGUCCCCACGAGGCCUUUCAAUCUACAGUGGCUUCAUUGGCUGGGGCGACACGUCAAAAUCGCCACGAGCGCUGCUAGAGUGCGAGGCGCAGUUGGCACGGUCAGUGUCCGACUCGUCGGCAUGUGGGGCAUCACGCAUGUCGCCGUCCCGGGCUGACGCCUUCGGCAGCCAAGAUGCCUCGGUCCGCACACACGCAAACGUGGUGUUCUCGCCUCAAGGAUGCGGAAUGAGCACCAGCUAUAUCGACAACCCAGUCUACGGCCCGGGCACACCGGAGCGUGUCAGCGCCAGUAGCGAUUUUGCUUCUGUGGUGCUCAUCACCCUCGCUAGCCCACACUCAUCCCGCAGCCGGCGAGUGCGCCUGAGCGUUCCCGGAGAGACGUCGCCCUGCUACCCCGGUGACAUCGCUGAGGAUGAGGAGCGUCCGAGCAUUGGUGUCCGCCGAGUGCCAAGCGGGCGGCGGGUCGGCACGGCGAGCAGCCGGCGGCGCGUCUCGUGCCCGGCUAGCUUUAUUAGGAGCAACGGGAGUGGCGAGGUGCCCGCCACCUCAAGCCAGCCGGCGCAAUCGGCCGCGGGCUGCGGCAUCUCACCCAAGACACCCUCGCGGCACGUGUACCGCAGCACCUGCCCCGUGCCUCGCUCCAUCCUCCGCGGCAGCUGCCAGCUGCUGCCGGACACCAGCUGCCUCGCACUGACAGCCGAGCUAGCCAGGCCCGCCGCCACCUCCUCGCCAGCCUCGCACGCGGCACCAUCGCCUCCCACUCCCAACACCAGCAGCAGCACACGCAGCUGCCCGCCGUCCUACCCCAUCGUGCCCGCGGCGGCCGGCGAGACUGACAACGUCUUCCUCAUCCCGCCCUCCAUGGCCGGCCCCCUGUCGCCGGAGGACGCGGCUCUCUUUGACGCCGACAUGCAAGACCUGGAGGCGUGCGGCCUGGUGGACUGGCAAAACGCGGACGACUUAAACGCCGCAGCCCUUGAGCGCAUCGCCCGCGGCACCGACUGGGACCGGCUGGCGGCCGGCCUCAACGCCUCGCCUGUGGGCUGGGCGGAUGAGGAAGCCGCGGACCGCCUGCUGCUGUCGCCGCAGUGGCGAGCGGCGAUGGCGCCCAAGCCCGCCGUUGACGCGGUUACCGCAAUGCUGUCGGCCGUCGCGCGGCUGCGGCAGGAGCAGGUGCAGGAGCAGGGGCAGGCGCAGGCGCAGGGGCAGGUGCAGGCGGCGGCAACCGGUGGACAGCAGGACCAAGAGCAGGAGCAGGCGCCGUCGCUUGAGAACGACGCGGCGGCGGCCUCGGAGGCCUUCGGCAUGUCGCAUGAGGACCGGUUGCUGUUUGGCGCCGACAUGGCCGACCUGGAGGCCCUGGGCCUGGUGCACUGGGAGGUGGCAGACCUGGAGCAGCGCGUGACGUCAACGCGGCUGCAGCGGCUGGGCGAGCGGAUGCAACAGAUGCUGGAGGAGCUGCAGGCUGACCGCCGGCGGCGGGAGGGGCCCGCCAGCAGCUGGUGCGGUGUGGAGUGCGGCGCGCCCGGCACGCUGACUGGGGCCGAGGCGAUUCACCUGUUUGUGGCGGCGUAUUGAGACGACCAAGAUCCAUGUGCUUGCAGUGAUGGCAGGAUGCAUGCGAAUGGUGCUUGCUUGUGUGUGGGUGUGUGACUGGGUUGUUGGGUGGCAGUAACAGCAGUUGGGGAGGGGGCACCCGGUGCGUGGGCGCAGUGGCACGGCUUCGAGUGAGGUUACAGGACAUGAGAACAAGAAUGCGUUGGAUUGAGGAGUUUGCGGGCCUGCUGCUUUUGUGGUGUGAGGGGAUUGUUGACAGGCGAAGUGGGGCGGCUGCUCCCAGACUACCGUCCCGUAUUUGUUGCAUGGCGCUGCAAUGCGACCGGGUGCGUGUUCAGACAUUGAGACUACGCUACGGAUUGGAUGGCGUUUGCAGUUGACAUUGGGGCAGAGUCACAGGUUUCCCAGGUUGUAACAUUGUGGUAUG